AUGUGUUCAGAACACAACACCAAAUCAUCACAAAGCGCACCCGCCAUCCUGCAAGCCCAGUCUACCACCCUGGCCUGUGACUCGCCGCCUCUCUUUCUUUCGCUCUCCAGCUGCAAGCCCACAUCUGCUCACGGCGAGCUUCCCAAAGACCUGAAGACCUCGGACAGGGGUACUUCGCUCCCCGAGGAUCCCGUACCGUCCCGCUUGCAACCACAGGGCUUGGUCCAUGGACCACAGGCAAUGGUCCACAAACCAUACCCAGACGACUGGAAGGCUAGGCGUGCUAGGGCAGAUCAAGGGAUCUUUGACAAACUGAACUUUGAGAGAGCUCAGGCCAACCGCCAGCCGACUUUGUGUCCCUCGCAGAGUUCAACAAGUUCAGCUUGUACCCCUCACCUCGCCCAUUUUCUAUUUCACUGCUCGCAAGAUUUGGCCGAUAGUUUGCCGUUCCCCAUCUUCUCUUCUCUGUGGUCUUGUUCAUCUUGCAGCUCAAGGUUUGAGCGGUUUCUCUCGGGGCAUCCUUUCCUUCAUCUUCUUCCGUCACUUGUGCUCAUAUCCGGCAGAAUGAUGAACAAACCAACAUCAAGUCACCAGAUCAAGUAUCUGGCCGUGGUGGCUUCCCUCGUUUUCAUCUGGCUCGUCUGGCGUCUUGAUCUUCACACAGAGGUGGCCGAGCAUGCCCGCAAGAUCACACAUCCCAACAGCACGCCCUACGAUGGCCUCGCAAAAGCAGGCAAUAGCGAGGUCCUCCCUCCCGCAAAGGCCGUCGAGUACUGUGACCACUUCCGCCUGAAGCCGGCCAACACGGAGCUGGUCCGCAAGCGCAAGGUGUACGACCUGCUCCUCAUCAACACCGAAGUCGAGAUGCUCGAGGUCCGCCUCGGCCAGAUGGCUCCCUACGUCGACUACUUUGUCAUUCUCGAGUCGGCCCUGACCUUCACCGACAACCAGAAGCCGCUGUACAUCAAGGAGAACUGGGACCUCUUCAAGCCGUGGCACCACAAGAUGAUUCUCCGCGAGAUGGACCUCGAGGCCCUCAAGGAGAGCAGCACCUGGGACCGCGAGGCCAAGAGCCGUAACGCCAUGUAUGAGCAGGUCAUCCCCACGCUCGAGGGCGAGCAGCAGGCUUCCAUUGACGAUAUUCUCAUCGUCUCCGACGUGGACGAGAUCCCCAAGCCAGAGGUCCUCCGCGCCCUGCGCAACUGCGAGAUCCCGCCCCGCGUCUCCAUCCACUCCAAGAUUUAUUACUACUCCUACCAGUGGCUCUCCCGCAACGACUGGAACCACCCCCAGGCCACCGUCUACCGCGGCGUCGACACCGUCCUCCCUCACGACCUCCGCCACAACGCAAACGACCACCACUUCAACCAGGGCGGCUGGCACUGCAGCUACUGCUUCAGCACCGUCGAGGAGAUGGCCCAGAAGAUCAACUCCUUCUCCCACGCCGAGCUCAACAAGCCCGAGUUUAAGGACCCCGAUUGGAUUGUUUCCGUGGCCCGCCGCGGUCACGACAUCUUCGGCCGAGGCGAGUCCAACUUUGACCGCAUCGAGGAGAACCACGACGUGCCAGACUACGUCAAGAAGAACUCGGACAAGUUCAAGUACCUGUUGGACCGCGAUCCGCUCAAUGCCAACUUUAGGGACUACACCCCCAAGGCCACCUCAACGCCCGCGGCUUAG